AUGUCAAAAUCAAUCCAUCAUUCUCAUCUAUCCUCAUCAGCAGUACCAACACCUGAUACUGAAAUUCCGAUACUAAUGGAAAGUAACACUGACCAUCGGCGUCAAUCGGCAUUAAGUGAUAGGCGUCUUAAUAACGUUAAUUAUGUUCGACAUGUUCUACGAAGAUUCUUUGGUGGUUCAAAUAAGAAAUCAUCGCCAUUGUCAGGUGUCGAUGAUAGUCCUUAUGAACAAUCACCGACAUGUAGCAUUUAUCCGGAGGAUUCAUUAUCUCCCAUAUUAAUUCAUCCAGCAUUGCAAUAUGAUAAACAUACGAAGUUUUCCGGUGAAUUAUUACUCGAUUGGUUAAUGGUUCAUUUCGAAGGUCGAGGGGAGCCGCCGACAUUAAAACAAGUUUUAACGAAAUGCUGUAAAUGUCUCAUAUCUCUUGGUGUACUUCGAACUGAAACUGAUCAAAACAGCGAUACAUUUCAAACGCAAAACUUGUAUUCUUGGGCAAAUAACGUAGAUGAUGAUGAUGUUGAUGUCAAAUUAUUACCACCGCCGCCAAAGACGAACAAUAGUUUUAAUCGUCAUCUGCACGAAAACAAGGAAAAUAAGCAUAGACCAUCGGCAACAACUACUAUUUUGGAUAUUCUCCGAAACGAAUACGGUUUGCACAUCAAUAGACAUUCGACUGAGCGAAAGACUGUGUCAACGCAAGUUGAUCCAGUCCUCGACAGAGAAAAGAUUGAACAAUCGAUUCAAACCGAUCAACUAGAUCAACCCCUCACUCCAUAUUUCAAGAAAUGUUUGACAUUUAAAUUAAAACCAAUGCCAGUCUCAAUCAUUUCCAAUUCUCAAUCGGAUUGUGAACCGACAUCUCCAUCAACACAUUGUUACGAUGAAAUCACUGUUCGACGAGCCAUGCAUAAAUUACUAUCAUGUGAUAAUAGUAGUGAAACCUCGUCGCCCAUUGAUGAUGAUGUUCAUUCAUCAUCACUCAUCAUUCGUCCUCCAUUAUCAUUUAAAAAUAAUCAUGCUAAAUUUUCAAGUGAGUUAUUGCUUGAAUGGUUAGCAUCUAACUGUGAUGGAAAAGCUCCCACUUCACAAACAUUCCCUCAACAAAUCAAGCCAUGUACAAAUUCGAAUAGUAAUGACAGCACAGACGAUGCCGAACUGCAAAAGGCUGUAAGUUCAGCGGCUUGUAUGAAUGAAUCCAAAUUAGCAGCAAUAUCAGAUCGAAUUCCAAUUACUUCGACGAUUUCAUCACCUUCGUCACAUCAUCAAAAGAUCAAUGAUGAUGUAUGUUCAUUAUUAUCAGAUCUGGUUAUUCAAGUCGAAGAAAAUUUCCAAUCGUCUAAAGUAUCAUCACCUCCCAUAACAAACAAAUCAUCCUCAACGAUACCACCACCUCCACCUUUCUUUGUUGAUACCACAUCAUCUUCAGCGUCGUUGAAUACAAGUGCAGUACCACCGCCGCCCCCACCAUUUCCAGAGUUUUUUGCUCCACCGCCACCAUCAUCUUCCGUUCCAAGUUCAACCGGUCCGCCACCACCACCUCCUCCUCCUCCACCCCCACCUUUUCCCGGUUUUGGAGGACCACCCCCACCUCCACCCGCUCCACCAUUUCCAGGCUUCGGCGGUCCACCACCACCUCCACCAUUUCCAGGCUUCGGCGGUCCACCACCACCUCCACCAUUUCCAGGCUUCGGUGGUCCACCGCCACCUCCACCAUUACCCGGUUUGGGUGUAGUGUCAACGGGCCCUGGUGGUGGACCUCCUCCUCCACCUCCAAUGAUGCCUGCCUUCGGUGGUCCACCACAACUACCACAAUAUUUACGUAAGAAACAGAAAUAUGCUAUCACGGAAUCAGUUAAGAAAGUUCAAUGGAGUAAAAUUAAUCCUCAUACUAUCAAGAAAGAUUCGAUGUGGGUUCACGUCGAUGAGGAAAAGUACAUCAGUGACGAACUAUUUUCGGACAUUCGAAAAAAUUUUGCAAGCAAAGUUGCACCAACUAGACAACCGAUACACGAUCUUGUUGACAAAUCAAAAGAAUUACGUGUACUUGAUUCAAAAGCUGCACAAAACUUUGCUAUUAUGUUCAGUCAACUGAAAACUCCGCCAACGGUAUUUCGUGAAUGGAUGCUAUCAUGUGAUAGUGAAGCAUUAAAAGAUGAUUUUCUCAAACAACUCGAAAAGUAUCUCCCAACAGCUGAAGAAUUAAAGACUUUAUCUGAGUUUAAAAAUGAAAUCAAUGAUUUACAAUAUUCAGAACAAUACAUUUGUGCAAUCGGUGAUAUUAAACGGUUGAAACAACGAUUGAAAACCCUUUUAUUCAAAGCCAGUUACAAAGAAACCGUGGAAGAAACAGAUAAAGCAUUCGUUGAAGUUCGAACAGCUUGUGAUCAUGUUCGACAUUCCAUACGAUUCAAGAAAAUGCUCGAAUUGAUUUUAACUGUUGGAAACUAUAUGAAUUCCAGUGCGAAAUCAUAUGAACCUAUCCAUGGAUUUGACAUCAGUUUCUUACCUAAACUUCAUUCGACCAAAGCCAAUGACGGUCGUCGAUCGUUACUUCAUUUCAUUGUUCAAGCAAUCGAAGACAAACAUCGUGAUUUACUCUCGUUUGCCGAUGAAUUCUACGCGUUAGCGGAUGGAGUCUCAAAAAUUAAUAUCUUGGAAUUACAAAAACAACCGAAGGAUAUCAGUCGGGAAUUGAAAAACGCUCGAGAAGAAUUAACCAUUGCAAAAAAUGCCGAUGAACAAAUUGAAGGAGAUAAAUUUGCCGAAUCAAUCGAAGAUUUUAUUACUCGAGCUGAUGACGAUGUGACACGAUUGGAACAAUUAGAUACAGAAAUGACUCACGCUUAUCAAGACCUAUGCGAUUUCUUGGCGAUCGAUCAGAAAAGUUAUUCACUCACUGAAUUUUUCACGGAUCUCAAAUCAUUUUGCUCGUUUUUUUCGACAUGUCUUCAAGAAGUACGUGCAUGGCGUGAACAGGCUGCGAGAGCUGUUAAAACUUCUCAAAAUUUAAUGUCUACUUCACAAUAUUUUGUCCGUACAUCUUCCCGUCGUUUUCCUGCACGAUAUGAUUCUACCGAAGAUUUCCUCAUGGCAGCUGCUGAAAGUGGUUCAUCGCCAACACGUGGUUCAUCUCCGUGUAUAGCAUAUCGGCGGCAGAUGGAAAUCGAAUGUCCAGAAUGUCAUUCGACAAAAAAACGAAAUCCCAAGAUGAAAUUGAUGGUCAGCAAAUGUGGCCAUUCAUUGUGUGAAACUUGUGUCGAAAAUAAGUUCAGUAAAGGAACAGGCUUUUGUCCCACAUGUAAAGCUGAUUUGAAAAAGAAUGGAUUUCGUUAUCAAAUAUUCGAAGAUCCAUUUGUAGAAUUGGAAAUUGAUAUUCGAAAAAGACUUUUGAAAGAUUUUAAUCGAAAAGAACAAGACUUUGCGUCACUCGAUGCUUACAACGAUUAUUUAGAAAUGGUUGAAACAUACAUAUUCAAUCUCUCGAAUAAAGUCGAUGUCGAAGAAACCGAACGGAAGAUUUUGGAGUAUAAAGAAUCGAAUAAGGAGAUAAUUACAAAAAAUCGUGGUAAAUUGAGUAACGAUGAAAUCUAUAUCGAACAUUUAAUCGAACAAGAACGUGCGGCUGAAGAAAUGCGAAAGCAAAUCUACGAACAGGAACUUCAGAAAGAACAAGAAGCAAAACAACGUGUUAAAGAUGAUCUUAUGAGUGCGCUGCUCCAUACGGAAGGAAAUGUCGAUCAGGUAUUGAAGAAAAGUAUCGAAGAUCUGGAGAAAAAACGGAAAGAAGACGUUCAACCGAUUCUACCGAAUAUGAUCAAGAGAGAAGAAGAUAUUCUAAAUUCAUUAGCUAACGAUCAAAUUCAAUAUAGACUGUUUGAAUACACACCACCAACGUACGAUCAUCAAGGACCGCCUGUUCCUGAUCGAACAGAUCUCGAGCAGCUAGGCUAUUUGGAUAACGUUCGUCAAGAAAGACCAGUCGAACGAGCCGGUGGUUACACGCGAGAAUAUCCAUGCUUACGUGCAAUUCAAGAAGCAUUCGAUAUGUUAUUAUUCAUUGAUCUAAAAUUUGUCAGAAAUAUGCAAUUAACAUUACCUCUAUCAUUGAAAGGUGUAACCGAACUCAAUCGAGAUGAGUUCACUCAAACAAUUCAAGUUCCAUACGUGAAUAUUCCUGGCGAACAUAUUCAUUCGUCGAAAUGGAAAGAUUAUUUACUUACACUACAUUCAUUCAAGAAUGUUCGUGAUCUAGAAGGACGAUUCAAACAAGUUCUAUUCGAUCCUGACAUAAUCAAGACAAAAGAGGGCAUUAUUGAACGCAUUCCAUCGAUCGAAGAGUUUGUCGAACAAUCAUUUGAUUUCACACAAAUUUCAAUCACAUAUGACAAUUAUACCAUUGAACAAGUGAUCAAAGCAAUUAUACCAGACGAUUUAAUAACGGACAAACGAGUUAAUACUGGUUCGGGAUAUAGUAUUAUUGGACAUAUUGCUCAUUUUAAUCUUCGAGAUGAAGUUUUACCGUAUAAACAUAUCAUUGCGCAAGUGAUACUUGAUAAAUUAGUAAACGUUAAAACCGUUGUGAAUAAAUUACAUGAGAUCGAUUCUGUUUAUCGUAAUUUCGAAUUGGAAAUCAUUGCUGGUGAAGCAAAUACCAUUGUGCAAUGUCGAGAAAGUAAAGCAACGUUUCAAUUUGAUUUUGCUAAAGUCUACUGGAACCCUCGUUUGAGUACUGAACGCGAACGUAUUUUUGAAAUUCUUCGUCCAAAUGAUCUCGUUAUCGACGUGUUCGCUGGAGUUGGACCGUUUGUUGUUCCUGCAUCGAUGCUUGGUUGUACUGUUUGUGCGAAUGAUAUUAAUCCUGAAUGCUACAAAUGGAUGCAAGUCAAUUUAAAAAAGAAUCAACCAAAAAAAUCACCGAGAGAAUACCAAAUCUAUAAUCUUGAUGGUCGAGAUUUUCUACAAACAAUUGCAUUACCUCAGAUCGAAACUUGUCAGAAGGAAAGUCUGAAUCAGUCGGAGAAUAUGGCAUCGAAUAAGAAAAUUGUUAUUCUUAUGAACUUACCUGAGCUUGCGCUAACAUUUUUGGACGUUGUUUCUGAAUGGCUAUCGAGAGAUAUUGAAGAAAAACAACAAUGGAUAAUACCAAUUCAUAUCUUCUGUUACACAUUUUCCAGAGUGGAUGAUCGUAUUGAAGACGUCCGAAUACGCUUGAAAACGAUUAUGCCGAAUGUGAAUGACGAUCUUGUAUCUUGUCGAUUCAUGUCUUCGUUGAAUUUAAUCAAAACGAUUCUUAUUGAAGGGAAUAUUGGUGUUGGCAAAUCAACGAUUAUGUCUUAUAUUGCAUCGAAAUAUCCAUCGAAUCUUGUUCAAGUUCAUUGUGAACCUGUUGAGAACUGGAUGGAUAUCAAAGGUUUUGAUCUUCUCAAUGCUCUAUACACGGAAAGUACUCGAUGGACAUUUACAUUCGAAUUAACUGCACUUCUGUCACGAAUUCGAAACCAUAUGAAUUCACGAUCGAAUCAGCAUAUAAACAUCUACGAACGUUCGAUUUUGAGUUGUUUCAACGUAUUCAUCGACCACGAUCGUGAACAAAACUAUUUAAAUGACGUUGAAUAUCGUAUUCUUCAGGAUCAUUACCAAUAUGGUUUGGAGAAAACAAUCGAUCUGUCAUCGACAGCUAUAUUAUACUUCGAUCUAUCACCUAAACAAUGUUAUGAACGAAUUGUUAAACGAUCGAGACAAUCCGAAGCAUCGGUGGACUUAAAACGUCUCGAAGAACUUAAACAUCAUUAUGACAAAUUCAUAAAAAACUUCAAUAUGUGUCCUGUGAAGAUCAUCGAUGCAUCACAAACGAUCGAGCGAACUUGUCAACAAAUUGAUACCUUAUUAAGUGAAAUGAUUACGCCAAACUCAAGUCAAUAA